CUUCGCCUCCCCCCCCUUCGACCCUCGUUCAGCUCCAUCAAAGGGACGAGAACUACUUGUAAAAUGCCGUGCUGAGAUUUGCAUGCGCUCACCAUUGACAAUCGAGAUGGGUACCUAAUCACUACUAUCACUAUCUCACCCUCACGCUAUCUGCAACACUGUAUGGGCUUUCAAGCGCCCUGUCUUGAUCCCCGCAGCCUCGACUUUCGAUCGAUUCACUCAACCUUCAUCUCUCAACGCUCAUCCCUCUACCUUCUCAAUCCUCUCAAUCCUCGACCGGCUCCCUUACCCUCUCUUCACUUAUCAUCGGCCACCUUCCUUCAAUCAUGGGCCUACGCUUGCCGUCGCCAGCAGCCCCAAGUGAUCCUGAAAAAGAGUCCUUUCAGUCUGUUGGAGGCAUCGUCUCUGUGGUUAGAAGACGUCUGAGACGCAUCCUCCUGGGACUCGUUGCCCUGAUUGUUCUGUUUAGCCUGUUCCACAUCCCUGCCAGGCCGGCGCACCUGGUCGAGUCAUCAACCUAUGCGCUUACCCUAUCUCGACCUCCACUCCCAUAUCAGAACAGUUUCUUGCCGCUCGAGCAGGCACGACAGGUAUGCAGCACCCAGGAGUUUGAGAUCUUUCCCGAUAGGAAAAACCAUCGCAAGGUCUACGACCUUUUCUUGAUUGGGACCGAACUGGAUUGGCUUGAAAUCCGCCUCAACGAACUACAUCGGCACGUCGACUACUUUGUCAUUGUCGAGUCCUCUCGCACUUUUACCGACCAUCCUAAACCCCUUCACUUCCAAGAUAAUUUUGAAAGAUUUGCCCGGUUCGCGCCCCAGAUCAUAUACCGCCAGAUCGACUUCCAGGGAAUGGAAGACAACUCCACUUGGGAACGCGAGCACUACCAACGGAACGCAAUGUACGACCUCGUUUUUCCCAGUCUCUUGGGCAGCCAAGCUCCGGCUCUGAACGAUGUCCUGCUCGUCUCCGACAUUGACGAGAUCCCCCGUCCUUCCACUAUAACCCUCCUCCGGAACUGCAUGUUCCCUGAACGCACCACGCUCCGAAGUCGCUUCUUCUACUAUUCCUUCCAAUGGGAGCACGAUGGAGGUGAUUGGAACCAUCCCCAGGCAACCUUUUACCAGGGGAGUUUCACCAUCAAGCCAGAGGAUCUUCGUAUGGGCCGUGGCGAUUGGGACAUCUCAAACUCGUCUUGGCAUUGCAGCAGCUGUUUCGAGACCGUGGCCCAGAUGGACGAUAAGAUCGGUUCCUUCUCCCACACCGAAUACGAUCGCCCAGAAUUUCGAGAUCCUGCCGAGAUCGUUCGUCGCGUCCGCAAUGGCCUCGACCUAUUCGACCGCGAGAGUGAAAAGUACAACAAGGUCGAUGCUACAGUUGAUCUACCCCAGUACCUCAAGGACAAUAACAAGCGAUUUGCUUUCAUGAUUGAUCGCGACCCUGAAAACGCAAACUUCAAAGAUUUUCCUUGACCGUUGGCCCUCUUUUGUACGAUAAUGGCUUUGCAGGAGCCUGGACGGGAAUGUGGGAUUUCAUGUACGGCGUUUGUCAAUGGACUUGUCCUGGAAGGUGUGAAUCGGAUAUUUUUGCCAUGUAAAACCACGUGUGUCAUUUAGAUAUUCUCAUAUCCUGGUCAUCAUCAACUUUGCCAUCAGUUUCA